GGAGACAACCUCGUCCCAUCUCCGCCUCCUCCAUCACGUGAGGAAAACAAAUGCUCCCGCGGCUGCCCUGCCCCAUUUGUACGGCGCGGCCAAGCGAGCGGCUUCUUGUCCUCCUCCUCCUCCUCUCCCGCGCUGUCGUCCAGCACCAUGAAGAUGCACUUCAGUAUCCCUCUUUCCGAAGAGUUGCUAGAGAAGUUUGGCGGCCGCUACGUGCUGUACUCAGUGUAUCUGGAAGGCUUCCUCUUCUGUAAGGUUCGCUACAGUCAGUUGCACCGCUGGAAUGAACAGUUAAGGCGGGUCUUUGGCAGAGAGGUGCCUUCCUUUCCUCCAAAAUUCUACCUUGCAAUGACGAAAUCAAUGGCUGAUGAAAGGAGAGCUCAGCUAGAACAGUAUCUACAGAAUGUGUCAAUUGAUCCAAGUAUUACAAACAGUGAUGUCUUCAUUAGUUUCUUUAGGAAAUUACAACAGGAUACAUUUAAAAUCCAAACCCAGCGAGCCUUUCUGGAUGUUUACCUUGCUGAUGGAAGGUAUCUCAGAAUAGAUAUUCAGACUUCGGAUACUGCUGAAAGAGUGCUAGAAGUUGUAUCAUACAAGAUCGAGCUUUCAAGAGAACUAGUUGGAUAUUUCAGCUUAUUCCUUAUUCAGGAUCACAACAACGGAGAGCUGACGGUACUGAAAAAACUGGCAGAAUUUGAACUUCCCUAUGUGAGUCUUCGGAGUAUGAAAGAAUCACCUUGUAAGAUUGGGAUCAGAAAGUGGUACAUGGACCCUUCCCUUGAUAAAAUUCUUAUGGAUUGCAGAACUUCAGUGAACUUACUUUAUAUGCAGGUUGUACAGGAAAUAGAGAAGAACUGGAUCAAGCUUACUGACGGACAAAUGCAGAAGCUUCAAAUGCUACAAAAAAUACCAAACAAAAUGAAGUUUUUAGAGCUGGUUCGGGAGGUCCAGCAUUACGGAUAUAUACAGCUUGAUCCUUGCGCCUGUGACUACCCUGAAGUAGGCUGUACUGCUGCUAUUCAUGUGGGAAAUAAUGAGAUUAGCUGCUGCAUAAAGUUGCCUAGUAACCAGAUCCAAGAGUUCAGCUUCAAGAUCAACAGGGUGAGGUGCUGGCAGGUCACAUUUCUAGGAUCUGUUUCAGGCCAAGGACUUGACCAGUUUUUGGAGCUCAGGUUUGAGUAUAAUGAUUCUGACACAUGGAGAUGGAUUGCUUUUAACACAAAGCAGGCAUUCCUUCUAAGCAGUUGCUUAAAAAAGAUAAUAUCGGAGCAGCUGAUGACAACAACCAAAGGUGAUCAAGAAAUGCAAAUUGAGCUUCCUGAACCAGAUAAACCUAAGAAACCAAGCAUCCAUCCAAGUCAGAUAUUUCAUUCUGGGUUUAAGCCAAGAAAAAGAAUGACGACGAGCAGAUCAAAUGAGGAUGACUGUGUCUUUGAGAAGAUAAGCGAAGAAGAUUUGUGAUCAGCUGCUAUUUUGAGGCAUUAAAAUAAGGAAUAGACAGUUGUCCUCUGUUUUAAUAGCAAUCUACAUUCUCCAACUCCUUAACAUAUAGAACAUUUGUGGUCUUGAUGUUUUAAAACAUCAGUCAGCCACUCCUGGGAGUCAUAAUUUGCUACAGCUGGAAGGAGAUCUGUAAAUAUUGUACACAUAGACUUGGUUUGGGUUUUUUUUAUGUACAGAACCUUAACAAUUGGAAAACACACCACUUGUCUUGGAUCAAAAAUAGACCUUUUGUUUGCUAAAAGUAUUGGAGGAAAUGUGGCAUUAAAUGGUUAAUCCUUGGUCGAUGGAAUGUUCGCUGCUGUUCUGUUCUACGAAGUACAAACUUUCCCUGCUACACUCUUCAACCUGAUGACAAAUUACGCUGUGCCCUGAGUCCUGGAAAGGUCUUUCUAUGUACAAAAAACGAAGGCUUAUCAUGAUCCCACAUUUCAAUCAGAACCCAACUCAAAUGGGAAGAUUUAUUUGCAGGGCUUUUCCCCAGUUCUAUAGCUCUCUGUGGGCUUGUUAAAAGUAGGUUUUCAUCCAACAUGUGUUUGAUUCUUGUCACCUCGUCCCCCAAUCUUUGCACUGGUUACUGGAAUAGAUUACCCUCAGGACAGUUGGAUUUUGUUUG